AUGGCUGCGCCCCCUGGCGGUCCCAAGAUGGGGCACAGGGGCGUGUUUUGUCGCUGCUCAAGGGAAAAGAGUCCCCUCCUGGCGGAUCCUAUGAUAGGGCACAGGAGCUUGUGUUUGGGAUCCAUGAGCGAUGGGGCACAGGAGUUCUUUGUUACCACUAAGUCAAUGGUUGUUCUGCCUGGCGGAUCCUAUGAUAGGGCACAGGGGACACCAUUUGGUUGCCGACGUUUGAAGUUUCGCCGAGUUUCUCAAGUUUUACCCGAGUUCGAUGCGCCGUUAGUCCUCGAUUACACGAUUCACGACCCCCUCCCUCAGUCAGACGCCAUUCCUUCAAGUUCUUACAGUGGUUCUUAUGAUUUUUCAACAAACGCGACCUACACGCUUAAUUUUUACAUGCAAGACCAGUGCCAUUUCCGUCUGAGCUUGAUUCUACACCGUGUAUCGAUGAUCCACACUGCUGAUUGCCAAGGUUUACAAGAGCAACCUAGUUCCUACGAUAUCCGUGUUCACGAGCCAAGCGCCAAACAUAGCGUUGUUGCCGCUCAAGGCUCCGAGGCUGUCAGUCAAGCGCAGAGUUUUCUGUUGCCGCUUAAGCCUGCGUUGUCCCCCCUGGCGGAUCCCGAGUUGAGCCGCAGGCGGGCAGCGUUUGUUCGGCCGAUUUCGAAGCUUUACCGGGUUUUUCGAAGUUUUCCCAAGUUUGACACGUCGUUAAUCUUCGAUACCGUGAUAUCCGAACCCCUUCCUCAGCCAGACAACACUCUUUCAAGUUAUUACGCGACCGGCACGGUCAUUUCUUACAUGCGAAACCACACCACCAUUUCCGUCCGAGCUAGAUUCUACACCAGUUUACAAAAGGAAUCAGAGUUCCUUCGAUAUCCGUGUUCACGAGCCAAGCGCCAAACAUACGCAUUGUUGCCGCUCAAGGCUCCGAGGCUUGGUUCCCGAGUCGAGCCGCAGGCGGGCAGCGUUUGUUCGGCCGAUUUCGAAGCCUUACCGCGUUUCUUCAGAGUUUUCCCAAGUUUGACGCAUCGUUAUUCCUCGCCGCGCAUGAGUCGCGCGACACCCCAGCCAGAGUGCAUCAAGCUCAAGCCAAAAGAGCUAAGGCCUCCCGGCCUUAGCAUCAGUUUGUCGUCCGACGUCGAUCCCGAGCCCAUACGUGUGCCUAUCGUGGCAACUCCAACCCGAGCCGUUGUAUUCGAUAUGAGAGUGGAGUUCAAGUUCAAAGAGCUAAGGCCUCCCGGCCCUAGCUUCGAGUUUUCCCCACUUCUGAUGACGAUUCUUGACGAUCCCGAGCCGCGCACGAGUCGCACGACACCCCAGCCACAGACGAGUCCAGUCCAGUACGCAAUGACGCUGAGCACUAGCCAGGCACGCAAGGACGCCAGUCAAACAUCCGCGUUUGACUGA